CCGGCGCGGGGUUGCGGCGCUCGGAGGGCCGAUCCGCGGGGCGGGACGCGGCGCUUCCGCCUCGGGGGAAACGGCGAUGGACGCGGGCGGCGGGGCGCUGGGGAAGAGGAGAGGCACCGCGCGGCCGCACGGCAAAUCCCGGCCGCAGUCCUGCCAGAGCCCCGGCGGGCUGCUCGUCACCGACUUCCCGGUGGAGGACAGGUGCGCCUUCACCCUUGCGCAGCCCGCGGCCACCGUCAGCGCCGCGCCCCGGGGGGGCUCCCCGCGCCUCCCUGCCCGCGUGGGCUCCGAGCCGCCGGCCGGGCUGCUGGCGCUGCUCUCCAGUGCGUCUCUCGGCUUCGUCGCCAACGGCGCUUUCCCCGGCGGCCUGCCACCCCGAGAGGCUCGCGGAGAAGCCGAGGGUGUCUCCCGUGCUGUGACCCCGGAGCGAAGCGUCACAGCCCCGGCCCCGCUCCCCGAGCGGCCCGCCGUCACGCUGAGCACCAACAGCCCUGCCGCGCUCAAGGUGGGCACGCAGCAGAUCAUCCCCCGCAGCCUGGCAUCUGGUAGCAAGGCGACCCACAAGGGUGGCGGGCACGGCGCGGACGCGGGCAGGAGGGUGCUGAAGGCGCGCAGCAUGGUGGAGAGCCCCGGGGUGCCGCUGGGCGCCGAUGAGGAAACCGAGGGUGAGCCGGACAGCCCGGGCGUGCUGCGGCGCGGCCUGCGCUCCACCUCCUACCGCCGGGCCGUGGUGAGUGGCAUCGACCUGGACGGCUCUGCCAACUUCAAGAAGAAAAACAGAAUGUCUCAGCCCAUACUGAAGGCCGUUGUUGAAGAUAAAGAGAAGUUUUCCAGCCUGGGGAGGACAAAGAAGAAAACGCUGAAAGGACAAGGGACGUUUGAUGGGGAAGAAAAUGCUGUGUUGUAUCAGAACUACAAAGAAAAAGCUCUGGACAACGAUUCUGAUGAGGAGUCUGAGCCCCGAGAGCAGAAAUCAGAUGAAAAGGUUAUUUUUCCCUAUAAGCCCCUGAGAUCAACAUGGAGUCAGCUAUCAGUUGUGAAAAAGAAUGGAUUAUCAGAAGCGAUCAGCCAGGAAGAAAGAAAGAGACAAGAGGCCAUAUUUGAAGUGAUAUCUUCUGAGCAUUCUUACUUGCUGAGCUUGGAGAUUCUGAUCCGCAUGUUUAAAAAUUCCCGGGAGCUGAGCCUCACAAUGACCAAAACGGAGAGCCACCACCUUUUCUCCAAUAUUACAGAUGUUUAUGAAGCAAGUAAAAAGUUCUUCAAAGAGCUUGAAGCAAGGCAUCAGAACAACAUCUUCAUUGACGAUAUUAGUGAUAUUGUGGAAAAGCAUUCUUCCUCCACGUUUGAUCCUUAUGUAAAAUACUGCACUAAUGAAGUCUAUCAGCAGCGAACGCUUCAGAAAUUGCUAGCUACAAAUCCAGCAUUUAAAGAGGUGUUGUCACGCAUUGAGUCCCAUGAAGACUGCAGGAAUUUACCGAUGAUCUCCUUCCUCAUUCUCCCUAUGCAGAGAGUUACUCGUCUUCCAUUGCUGAUGGAUACUAUUUGUCAGAAAACUCCUAAAGAUUCACCGAAAUAUGAGAACUGCAAGCAGGCUCUGAAGGAAGUGAGCAAGUUGGUGCGUUUGUGCAAUGAAGGUGCUCGGAAAAUGGAAAGGACAGAAAUGAUGUACACGAUUAACUCCCAGCUGGAAUUUAAAAUCAAGCCAUUUCCAUUGGUUUCUUCUUCACGAUGGUUAGUGAAAAGGGGAGAGUUAACAGCCUAUGUAGAAGACACGGGACUUUUCUCUAAAAGGACUUCUAAACAGCAGGUGUACUUCUUCCUCUUCAAUGAUGUCCUCAUCAUCACCAAGAAGAAGAGUGAGGAGAGUUACAACGUCACAGAUUAUUCCUUAAGGGAUCAGCUGGUGGUCCAGCAGUGUGACAGUGAGGACCUGACCUCUUCUCCCAUGAAGAACACUUCAGCCAUGCUGUACUCACGGCAGAGCUCCCCAGUUCACCUCUUCAGGCUGUCCGUCCUCAGUAACCAUGCAGGAGAGAAGGUGGAGCUGCUUUUGGGAACAGAAACUCAGAGUGAAAGAGCUCGCUGGAUUACAGUGCUUGGACAAGACAGAGACAGGCAGAGCACAGACAGAACCACUUUGACACAGGUAGAGAUCAUCAGAACUUACACAGCAAAGCAGUCAGACGAGCUGUCUCUUCAAGUUGCUGAUGUUGUUUUGGUUUAUCAAAAAGUAAAUGAUGGUUGGUAUGAAGGGGAACGACUGCGGGAUGGUGAAAGAGGGUGGUUUCCCAUGGAGUGUGCCAAGGAAAUCACGUGUCGUGCCACCAUUGACAAGAACAUGGAGCGCAUGGGGCGUCUGCUGGGACUUGAAACCAAUGUGUAGAUGAUUUCUGCAUCCUCAUAUUGUGCUGCAGGAUUUGCACUAAACUGCUGUCAGCAGAGGCACAGCUGCACACACUACAGCUCUUGCAUGGAAGACGUGAGGCACAGAUGCAUUAAAUACAGCGACAGCACUGAUACUCAGAUAGCCCUUUUGGUUGGCGUUUUGAGAGCUAUGAACUGAUGCCUGGCUGGAGUAAUGGCAGUUUCUAUGAGAAUUAGGUUCCUGGGCAGUGGAGAUCAGCCAUUCUUUGUUUUUAAAAUGAGAUUUCCCUUUCAGCUUUGGUUCCCUCAUCCCUAUUUGUAUUCUUUCUCCGUCUGUUUUCUUGAUGAUUUUCACUUUCUUUCUUUCUAAUUUAAAAUCCCUCUCUAGCAGGCUGAAUACCAGAAGCUCACCAAAUAAAUGCAUACACUGAGCUGGAAGGAGAACAGGAGCAUAACAGUGGGGGAACAGAGUUCCAGCUCCUAAAAACUGCAGUAUUACAUUCCCAGAACCAGAAAAGGUGUCAAAUGGGAUACUUCCCUGUGUUGUCAAAACCUUUGUUUAACCUGAGCUGCAAUAAGCAGCAUGUAAUUGAUGAAGGACUGCCUGUCCAGCAGCAGCCCAGGGUGAGCCAUGUUCUGUAGGACACAGUGAGUUACUGAGCUGAUGAGCUGCAGGGGAGCCAGCCGGAGCUCGUGUGGUGGUGCUGUGCUGUGUGUUUCUCAUACAGCUCGUGCUCUGUUCCUGCUGCUCCAGAAAGGAAUUGUGAAAGCAAGCAAGAGGGACCAGCUUUUCAAAAUAAAGAUGGAGUGUCUCAUUCUCUGAUACAUUUUUUAGCGUGACCAUCAGACUUGAGCUUGUUUUCAUUAAGAAUAAUAAUAUACAGAGAUUGAGCCCUUUGAUGUCCUUCUACCAGUGUCCUCCUUAUGUGCCUUACGUUGUUCCUCUAGGAAGAGUUUCCUGGAAUCCAGUUUGUGCCAAGUGCAGAAGCUGUUCUGUCCCGUGUCUCCACUCCAAAAGCUCUUCAAGCUCUGGCUGCCUUUGUGGCAGCGAUUGCUUUUCCAGUAUUCUUUGCUAGGUUGGCCCUUUAAAGAUUGAGCCCCUUUUUUUAAUACUUAGUACUAAAAAUAAUUUCAAGCUGUAUAAAAGCAGCCAUAUGCAUAACAUAGGAACGUGUUUUUUUCUCACUAGCAUCAACAACCUGAGCCCUGUGCUGUGGUUCAGAGCUGAGAUGCCUGCACUCACAGGCUG